AAGGGCUUGUGGAGCGGCUGAACUGAGGGGCUUUAGGCAAGCCAACAGCAGGCAGGAAAUCAGGAAAUCAGCAAAGCAGAGUGACAAUACCCCAGAGAUUAAAGAUCAGUUAACCCCCUCCUCUGGGUGGCUGACCUCUUUGCUUGACGACGACAACUUCCUUUUCGUUUUUUUUUUUCUAGAUAAGCACACAAAUCGGUGAACACGUGCUAACUUUUUCAAACUCAACCUUUCUCACUCUUCCUCUACCUCAAACACACUCCAACAGUCUUGAAAUAAGUUGUGUGCUGCAGUUUCAGCCUUUCCAAACAUGAUCUGGAUAAAAAUCAACCACUCCUGCUUCAGGUAAACCACGCAGCCAAUCAACAGCUAUGACUAAAAGACGCUCCGCAGACAGGAUGAUAUAAUCUGACAACUGGCAACGUGGGAUGACUUCAUAAAAAGAGGAGAUAAAAGCUGAGGUGGAAGCUCCACCUGGGGGCCUUUUGUACUGACGCUCCUCGGCUUAUCACUCUUGCCAACAGGACUUUCACCAGCAGGACACCUGGAGAGCAUUUUUUUCGUGCUGGUGGGAGCUUACGCUGAAGGGGAUUGGCAAAAGAACUAAUAAGGAAAAAGAGGCAAGCCUCAGAAAAAGCAGAUAAAGGCUGGGUUUUCUCUGCCACAGUUAACAAGCCUCGUCAUGUCCAGGAAGGGCUUGUUAGGGAGGACAGGUAGACGCAGCCUGGGUUCUUGACUGAGGCGAGUGUGCAUGCGUGGGAUCCCUACAUCCUGCAUUCUCUCAGCAAGUCGGAUGGCAUUAUUCUUUUAGAGCUUCAUCACUCCUUAACGAUUUGCCGAGAAGAGGGAAAAAAAAAGAAAAACACAGAAGACUAAUAAGACUGAAAGUGACAUCUAACUCAGCCAGAUCUGCCAACAUGCCACUUCGGACAUCGCUGCACAGGAAUCCCUCCUCUGGUCGCUGGCCCAGCAGGAUGUCCAGGCGGAGGGAGGUGCUGUCUGUCAACAUGAUUAGUUUACCACUGGGUGAUUUCCGCCACAUUUCUCACAUUGGAAGCGAUGCCCACGCGGACAGCUUUGGGGAUCUGUCCUUUCUUAAAAUGGGCCACGGCAUGCUCCUACAGAGCUCCCAGAGUGAGCAGAACCUCUUCCUGGCCUGCUCGGCGCCUCCGAAGCCCCCUCGUCUGAAUCUGGACGAGGGCGCAGAGAGCCCCGACUGGUCUGUCGACCAGAAGAGGAAGAAAUGCAGCUCUAUGCCACUGCUGGACAGCGAAGGAGGAGACGAUGAGGGGGUAAAGGAGGACGGGUACAAAAGAGGAAACAACAUUUCCAAUCAAACUUCUAUGUUUGGACAAGAACGUGCAACUUCCUGCAGGGAUGGAGCAUUAACAGAAAGUGACAAACCCGCUGGACAGAUGGACGAGGAGAGCGGCUUUUCGUUCAGCCUGGACCUGGGCCCUUCGAUCCUGGACGAUGUUCUCCAGGUGAUGGACAAACUACAUAGUUAAACACGGUACCAAAGGAGCAUCGUGGAAAGAUCCAACAAUAAGUAGAUUGUGAAAAAGACACUUAACUCUCAACACUCCUUGUGUGGACGCAACUCUUAGGGUUUGAACAAGCUGCUAUCCUGAAGCAAGGCUUAUUGUUUGCAUAUCUCUAAUCCCAGCGACAGAUGCACAUCUUACUCUUAUACUGAGCACAUGAACAAUGUUGUCCACUGCAUCUGUUAAAUAUUAACCACAAUCCUGUUUGAAAAAAGACAAACACAAAGUAAAUGUUUCCCUAAUAUUCAGCCAAUGCAGAGGAAGAUACAAUGUUAGGAUUAAUAAUUGAACUCAAACUUCGGCCCGGACGUUUCAAACUUCUUUUACAUUUGCCCAUUUGCCGUUCUCCCCUCAAACCCUACAGCACAGCGCUGUAGACGGCUGUUAAGACUUACAGAGUGUUGUGUUUAAGAAAAAGGAAAGCUGAGGCUGAAAUCCAAGGUCCUCGAGCUGUGAUGUCUUGGCUGGUGGCGUGCUUGCCAAUCCAUUGUGUGCAGAGGGCAAUUUUUACUCCGCACGCAUCCCAGAGGCCCCACUCAAAGGUAGACCAAGGUACCCCCCAUCUCCCCUUCCCAAUAGUAUAGUGAAAACAAACACUCAGUUCUGCUUCCAAUAAAAGCUAGCCGGUGGUGGCAGAUUGGGCAGCGCACCAAGCCAGGCCACAGGUCCAGGACCUUAUAAGAAGAAGAGGAAUAGUAAAAAAAAAAAAAAAGGCAGAGCAAGCUGUUUUCUUAGCUGCAAAUCAGAGUUUGAUGCUAUCGUGAGUGCUGCACGAGAGGGAAAGUGGUAACGGGUAACAUAAUACUUCCACAUAUGCAGGGGGUGUCGAGGGAAGAGGACCAGAGACAUCCAUUACUGUAGCAGAAGCCCCGAUCGGGGAUUUAAACGCUACCUUCUGAACAAACAGCCCCCUGACACAAGAGACAUGCAUGCUGCAUCUCUCACGCACUGGCACACGGCUAAAGAGAAACACACAUGUCCGUGCAUGUCUGCUCACAUGGUCAAACUGGGAAUCGUGCAGUGGAUCUCAUCUCGUUUUCCUCACGCAUGCAGACAAGAGUGUCAGAACCGCGCUGAAGUUCAUGCCUUAGCGGGGGGUUGACCAGACAAUGCUGUGGGACAAACCCAGAACCACGCGAAUUCCUGAGUGCCCCCAAGGUCACACUGUAAAAUAUACAAACCACGAAUGUCCCACAGAUUUGUCUCUGCAAACAGAAACAGCAAUGUUUGCGGGUAUAUUGCAGUAUAUGUCAGUUUUGGUGUCUCCAGUUUCAAACUGGAUAUAUCUUUGUUUUUUUGUACGUGUUAUGGCAACGGCACAUUGUGAAACAUUUUAAUGCCUUGCGUUUAAUUAUACACAGACUAUCUGACAUGACAAGGUUGUAUAAAAGGUGUAAAAACUCAGAAAUCCUGAAUUAAACAGGAUUUGAUAUUACCACAUCAAACUUUAGAUAUUGUGGCUAAUGAGGCCGGCACAACUCUGAAAAACACCCUUAAUUAAAAUUAUGUGACAUUUAAUUGCUAACCACAGAGCGUUAACAGGAUAAUCAGGAGAAGGGCUAUUCAGUUGCUCAGAUUUCACGUUGGCCAUGCCUCCGUUGCUUACAAGGGAAAGAAGCCGAGCGUUGAGCAAGGGUAAAGAAUGCAGCGUAUGAGAAAAAAACAGGGUAUUUCAUGUGUCAGAAUAAACUGCGGAUCCACUGCAAAGAAGACCUUUCACUAAUGUGUCCAAAUUAACAUUUUUUGUUUGCUUUUUUUGGAAAAUGUACUGGAUUUUUAUCACUCCCACAGAGCCAGAAUUAAAGAAUCAAAUAAACUUCAGCUCAACAAAUGUCCAGCCACAUGACUAAUGUAAGAACAAAAGUCCUGUAAUUGAGGACAAAUUAUCUUUUCUGCACUGCAGAAACCGUCCGAACUGCGAAGGAUCCCCAUCACAUCUGGUACUACUUCCCAAAAAUCUAAACCUGCUGUCACACAGACUGCUAAGAGACUGUCUUCUCAUUGAAGAGUAGCUUUUAUUGAUUUUUUUUUUUUUUUGUCAGUUAGGAAAAAAAAAACACUGUUAUUAUCGUUUUGGCAAAUAUGAGACGUGUCCUUCAACUGUAACCGUUUUCCAAGUGCAAUCUAGAGCUACUGAAACACGAUUCAUGCCGUGACUUGAAUUUACACACUCGAGGAACUUCGCUGAAUUGAGUGUUUAUGUUGUUCGUAUCAUGUAUCUGUCACAGGUCAGAACAUAUCAUCAAGCUGUCAGUGGUUGGAAUCAAGCAAGUCCACAACAGCUAUCCUCUCAUAUGACAUUUUGGAGGAACUGGGUGUAUUUGAACACAACACAAUAAAUCAGAAACUCUGAUCCCACCAUGAGGAUAAAUCUUUGUGUGCUUAAAGAUAAUAUCCACAGAGAUCUGGGAUAAAUCAAUGUCAGUAAAACCAGUUUUUUGUUGUCCGUUUUUAACUUCCCAUCUAAAUUCCUAAAUCAACUCUUUUAAGACAUCCCUUGUGACUUUUGAGAGGGAACCUUAAGUGAUUUUUGAGUCCUUUUUCACACCAAACCAAACUUAGCAGAUCCCUUCAAACUAAGUGCUUUUAAGUGCAAUAUGGGGUAUGCUUUAACUUCAUAAAUAAUUCUUCAAUGGGACUAAUAUUUGGGAUUUAUAUGUGAUGUAGGUUCAUUUUUCAAUAAAUACAAUGUAACUGAUGAAAAACUUGAAGUAAGAUGCAGUGGUUUAGUUGUUAUUCUGUAGUUUAUAGUCGACACAUUUAGACAUAUCCUAAACCAACAAUCAUUUUCAGAAUCUAUAAACUUUUCUCAUGAAUUUAGCAUUACUGCUGUUCCAUUCUAAUGUUGUCACAGCCUGUCAGAGUCCAUCUCAUGCACUCAAACCUACAAUACAUUGACAACAGCAACUAUAACAUUAGAAACCUAACAGUUAAGUCGUAAUACCAACAAUAAGAAUUAGAACACAAGUCAGUGAAAAACACAGAAAGCUGCUCAUAUUCUUCCUAGACAGCAACAACCUCCCACCAGAGCAGCGUUCAGGGAAGGCUUGAGUGUCCCGGCAGCAUGGCCACAUCCAAAGCAUGUCAUCCAGACAUGAAAGGAUAUUUUUGGUGAGCGUGCACUUUUCAAGCACUAGCAAACCGACAGACAGGAAAAGCAACCCAUGAAUAGUUGAUCGGCCGCCUCUGGUUUGUGUCGUGACAACCCUGCGAUGACUCUGGCUCUCCAUAGAAGAGGCAGGCACGGAGAGUUCCUAUUUCAUUCCUUUGCUAUGGAUUCAUCUGAUAUACUAUGGUAUGUAUUAGGCAAUGAACAAAGCGAGUAUUGAUGGCAUCAUUCCUCUGGGGGCCCAAGAAAAGAAGUCUGGCAGAGACAAAGCGCAUGUCAAGAUAAUGAGUCCAUAUCUUAGUCUGAGCCAUUUAUUAAUCAGACUCUGGAAUCCAUAGUUAGCCGAACAUACGAGAUCCUCUUUAUGAAGCUGCAAGUUAUUCAGGACAUUUAUUGCAUGGACAGGGUCUGUGUGUGGCCACACAGACUACAAAUAAUUAAAAAAACUAUUGUUUUCUUUUCCUGUGUAGAGGUGUUUUCAGACCCUACUUUAAUCAGAGCCCGUUUGCUUUAGCAGCUGGAUACAGUGCAAGGCAAAAAUAAAUAUCUCCACUUGAUGAGAAAAAGCUUCUCUCCUUAUUUUCCUCAUUUCCCAGUCUGACACAAAGACACGUCAUUGUACCGAGGGGUUAAGACAAAACUAAGAACAAAAUAAGAUACUUUGGCCAAAAGAAAGGCUUUUAGCAAAGUAUCAAACCAAACUUCAUCAGCUAUAUGCUUGCAAGAUUUACAAGCACAUACAGCGCAUGCACACACCCUCAUACACAUGCAUACAUGUCUACGUGUGAACACACACUUAUCUAGGAGCUACCAUCGUGCAUAAGAGAUACAAACAUUCCACCAGGGUACUAAGAUCUAGAUCAGUAUUGAUAAAGAAUCAAGGACAAGAUCCCUCUCCUGUAGACAAACCAAAAGUGCAUUAAUGUGUUACUUUUUAAUUUACUUAAUGGCUCAUAAGGUGCAUUCUUGCGUAAGAAACAAUCUGCUUAAGAGCAAGCUUUUAAACUGAGAAGAUUAAGUCAUACAGUGCAGAAUCUGGCAUCAAAAUUUAUUUUAUGGAUAAUAAUGUCAGUGGUGUAAAAUAAGCAUAUUAUUCAUCUUUAGAGAAAUCUCACUUUAAAAUGGUAAGAGUUAAAAAAAAAAAAAAAGGAGAAACAAUUAUCAGCAGCAUGUAUGGCAUGUGUUACUUAUUUUCCAAAAUCCUAAAGACAUUUAUGAAACAUUAGCAUAAAUUAAAUGAAGAUACUUUAACCCAAACAUUACCAUAAUUUGUUCAUGUCAAUCUUUCUAAUGGAAAAACACAAAUUCCUUCAGGUUACCUGAAACAGGAAUAACUGACAAACUGUAAAAAAAUGCCACAGCACAUGUAAAAUGACAUUUUUAUUUAUUUUUUUAAUCCCCUCACGUGAAACGUUUUCUAUGUAAUAUGAUGAAAUCCUAUCCUUGUGGUCUUUUAAACUUUAUGAUGUUAAAACUCCAGAUAAAUUAUAAUAAACAAUAAACACUCAAACUCUCUGUUGGAGUCCAUUUCAACACGUGACGCCUCCUCCCUCUACUACUGAGGGAAUUAACAAGUUUAAAUAUCACCUAGGGAUGGCAAUUACUACACAUUACUGACAGAAAAGAACAUUCUGGACUGUACAGGACAGAUUAUGUAGCCUUAUUCAAUAAAUGAUUAACCUUUACCAUAUGUUAUAUCAUGCCAUCAGAAAUAUUUUGGGUUCAAUUUUUAUGGUGAGUUUAUGCAUGUAAGUAACACUCAUGCAUAUUUAUGAGAAAAAUACUUACCGCAAUUUAUGAUUCCUGGAGUUAAUGGGCCUGCAGAAUUUUAAUACUAACUUUUGCUGUUUUGAGUACAAAUAAUAAAACGUCUAAAUUAAAGAUGUCAAAUUGUUUUGGGUUAUAAACACUCACCGGCCACUUUACUGGGUGCACUACUUUGGGCCAGAGUUUAAAUCUGUGAUUGACCCAUUUACCUUUAAAAAACAAAAAAUAAAUAAAUAAAUAAAACUGCUUACAACACACUCCAGUUAAAUUAUUAUCUGAACGGGCACCUCGGGCAAGGUUCAAUCUGAUAGUUUAUGUAUAUGAUUAACAUUAAGAUUGUAAAUGCAUGGUACUUGUGAUAUUGAUAUGAUACAUGUUGAUACUGCAAUGAAAAAUGUUUCAAUAUAUUGUGCAGCAGGGUAUUUUUUCAAAA